UUACUGUGCUCAAGCCCACAAGGUACUUAUUAGUUCUUUAGUUAACAAGAAAAAGGAGUUAUAUCCGUUUCAUUUUUUCUUCUUUAUUGGCAUAGCCGGAGAACAGUCACUUCUCUCUUUAUUGCCAAUUUUACUAAAAAAGGUAAUCCCCAGUAACUAAGAACUUCAAUUUUCCAAAUAUUCAUUCAAUCUACCAGUCGCAGCAUUGUAGAUGCCAUGUCAGGAGUUUCCGAAAUAUUUGCUGUCUGUUCAGCUUUAUCGUCCGAAACGGGUUCUCCUUUCAUGGUCAUAUUGUUUCCUGCACUCGCGGUUGCAGUUGGUCUAGUUGCGAAAACCCUUUUAGAACUCACGCACUUUCCUUUACCCUACACAGUUGUCAUUCUGGUUGCAGGCGGAGUAUUAGGGGUUGCUGGUUGUUAUUUGGACUUGGCUGAAUUGAGUGCAAGUGCAGCAUAUUGGCUUUCUAUAAAUCCACCUGAAGUUUUGCUGUUUGUGUUUCUUCCGCCCUUAAUAUUUGAGGGAGCUCUCAAGAUUGACUGGUUUGUAUUUCAAAGACAAGUAUGGGAUGUUCUACUGCUUGCGUUUGUUUUAGUGGUUUUGGAUACCAUUCUACUAGCUGUGUUGACUGUGUAUGUUUUGGAUAUCAACUGGACCAUAGACGCUGGAAUAAUGUUUGGCGCGCUUCUUGCAGCGACGGACCCAGUAGCUUGUGUUUCUUUGCUCAAGGAAAGCGGUGCAUCACCUUCUCUUCGAACCUUGAUCGAAGGAGAAUCUCUCUUCAACGACGGUUCAGCAUACACAUUGUUUUAUUUAUUCAUGAAGAAGAUGCAACCUGGAACAAGCAGUGGUAUUGGUGUAAUCGUUGUUGAUAUUAUUAAGGAGUCUCUUGGUGGUUUUGGCGUCGGAUUAGCCACUGCAGCAACUGCAAUUUUCAUCAUUCGAUUUGUUUUCAAAGAUCCUGAAGUCGAAAUUUCUACGACUAUCGUUGUUUCAUUUCUUUCAUUCUAUAUUGCACAAGGUCCAGCUGGCGUUUCAGGGGCUAUUGCUGUCGUCACUUCAGGACUUUUAUUUGCUGCCGAUCGAUUGUCGCGUUUUAGUGCUGAAGCUUUAAAAGGUCUUUCCUACUUUUGGGAGGUUUUGGCCUUUGUGGCAAAUACGAUUGUAUUCUUCUAUAGUGGUUUUCUGUCCGUAGUCAACAUGAUAGCCUAUUGGAGUGAUGGACUGUCUGGACGAGAUAUUGCUUAUAUUGUUGUGUCUUAUUUAUUGCUGAACGUUCUUCGUGCUUUGGGAAUUGCUUCAUUGAGUCCUAUUUUGAUGCAUACGGGAUACAAACCAGGAUGGAGAGAACUCUCAUUAGUAUCAUUCAGUGGUUUGCGUGGCGCGGUUGCGUUGAUUUUAGCCCAAAUUGUGACUCAUCAGUCAUAUCUCUUCAAACUUCCAGGAAACAUCGUUCCCCGCGUGUCAGUUUGGACUUCCGGCAUUGUAUUACUGUCUCUUGUUGUAAAUGGUUCAACAUAUCGCCUUGUUUGUGAGAAACUUGGCCUUUUAAAGCUCUCGGAUGCACGUUUGGCCCUUUUUGAACAGGCAAAGAGGAAAGUCAUUGAUAGUGAUUGGAAUAUGUUUCAUAGCCUAAGCAACUCUAGCCGUUAUUCUGGAGCUGAUUGGACCUUUGUGAGAGUUUUUGUGGAUCCUGAGGUUGCAAAUGACGAGAAAAAGUUGAAGCACACUUUGAAGCAUUUGAAUGAAUAUAAUAGUCGUAUGGAAAGUAACACUGUUACACGUCAUUUGCCUUCGGAAGAAAACCCUAGUAUCGAGGAAUUAGAGUCGAUCUCAAAUACUCCUGAAGUUGAUACUGAUAAGUCUGUAAAUAUUGGAAAGGACUCAUAUGCGGAUGUAACAAAGAAGGAGCAUUCGUAUGUAAUUCCUUCGUCCGAGAGACAGUAUAUCACGAAUAAUAAUUUAUCUCCGAGGCUUUCUCUUCUGGAAGAAACUAAACGCCUUGGAAGAAAGACUCCUGCAGUAAAUCGGCUUAUUGAAUUGCAUCAUUUAGAGUCGGAAGAAACGGAAAGUAUUGCUCUUUCCAGUGUGCAGAGAUUGGAACCAGGAUUGAAUAAGUCUGCUGUUUAUGAAGGAGAGGGUUUCUCCUUUGAAAUAAGAAAACGAGUCUUGAGAGCCCUUCGAAGCCAAGUUUCACAACAACGCUUACGUGGUUUUAUAAGUGCAAAUGCAUAUCGUACUUUACGUGCUGCCAUUGAUAAAGGCCUGGAUACACUUUCCCUACCUUUGCACGUUUUCGUUGAUUUAGAGAAAUAUGGAUGGGGUCUUUCUAAACUGGAACGUUUUUUUAUUGAGCUCUUUGGCAGAAGUUCGUUUACCAGAUUUGUUUCACGAAGAUUUCUUUAUAGGAGAUAUAGUAUUGGAUGCAGUAUUAUAGCUUCCUUAUGGUCAUCAUUGAUCUUUGUAAAACGACACGUUGAUAUCGGAGGCUCAGUAGUUGCGGAAGUAGAACGUGAAGUUCGUCUUUGUAUAUCAUAUUUGAGAGGUAUUGAAAUUUCGUCACCAGAAAUUCUCCGUGUUAUCCAAACUCGAACUGCUGUUUCAGCAAUAUUGGCACACAGGAUACAUAUUAUAGAGAAGCUGUAUGAAUCAGGCGAGUUGGACGAAGCGGAAUUUUCGUUCUUGGUUAAUGAGACGAAUAUGAGACAAAGACGAUUAACCAAAAUACCGAUACGGUUUGCGCAAACGAAAGCCCGAGAGGUUUGUGUCAUUGGUUUUGUAAGACUUUGUAUUUCACGCGUUGUUUCAAAGGUUGUUGGGGACUUGCUAUUUGUUCGAAAUGCACCAGACAGUCAUUUUCAAGAUGACGUUAUUUCGUUGGGAAAACUUCGAGUGUUUGGAAUCGGUAUCAAAAUCUUAUCCCUCGGAAUUGUUUCUCCUGGUGUGUUCGUUUUACUUAGGGGUUUGGUACACCUGAGGACUGUUGAUGACGACACGAUUGCAUAUAGCAGAGCAAGUGUGGAAACUUUUGAGCGUAACGAAACUACCUCACCUUUUGGUCACGUUGGCAGUAUUUUUGGUUUAGCAAGUUGUUUGUUUUCGAUGCCUUUACCAAAAUCUGUCAUAGUCGUAUCUCCAUUUGCGCAUUUUUUGUUCCUUUCAACGACAGAUUUAGAAAGACUGAUUUUAGUGUAUCCAAACUGUAAAAUUGACUUGUAUCGAAUGGCAGCACUUGAACUAGUCAAUCUAUUGUGUCCCGAGGCAGCACAAGUACUUGACGAAGAUGAUGAUAUUGACAGCAGGGAAUGGAAGUUUCGUGAGUUUGACGAAGAAUUUGGUUCGAAUGUGAUGUCAUAUGUAGAGCACGCAGAUUUCAGUCAACAACGAGAUAAUAUGGCGAGUAAUAACGACCCAGUUUCAGAAAGAGAUAUCGCAGAGUCGAUAGAAACUCAAAACUGUGAUUUUCCUCAAGGUUUUGUAGAUGAGAAGAAAGUCAAACCAUAUUCCGAAACAGAUACAAUGAAAGUCGUAGGACUGGACUUGAUAUCUGAUAAAAAGUUGUAUAGCAUUCGUUAUGCAGCCUUCCUUUUGCGUCAUUUAUCGGGUUCACAGAUUGUUCGAUAUUCAUGGGGACAACUAGUAGUCUCUCAUAUAAGACAAACAGAAAGAUCAGCAGUGACCAUGAUCUGUGGUAUUCUUUUAACUGGAAUUUUGGUUAAAGUUACAUCAGACAAGGAAACCUUAGCAGGAAAAGACGAAAUAACCGCACCGGCGUUGAUACGAGACAAGUCGGGUGUUUUGACUGUCAAAAGCGAUUUUGCGAUACUUGCAAUUGUAUAAACUUAUUUAUAACUGUUUCUUCCUCACCCUAAAAAAAGUUCUCGUUUCAAUGACACCUAGCGCUGAUACUUAAUUUU